AUGAAUCAAUUGAAGAAGAAUGACGGUGCGGUCUCUCGAGCCGAGCGAUUGCUCAUGUUUCAGAUGAUUAUUUAUUCAACGCUGGUGAUGUGCGACUCACUGGUUACGCAGCUUUUCGCUUUCAUUCUACCGCUUUUCUUUGGUAGACGCAUUUCGGUGAUCAUCUUCGGAAACCUCACGGGUUUCAAUCAACUUUUGUAUUUCACUCUGUUAACAAGUUUUGCGAGUGCCCUUUUUCUGAAAAAGAGAAAAGACAAGCCAAAGCGUCAACCAAUGACCAUCACCGCUGCAAGAAGUACCACGAAAACGACAGUUGAA